GUAUUUCCGUGUGAACCGAAACCGGAAGAUGCCUAACGUUUCUUCUAUGCAGGGAUUUUGUUGCCUGGAUGAAACAGAUUUUGGCAAGAGUUAUUAAUGUUUUGCCUGAUGUGUAACAACUUCAGAGAUUGGACUAAGUAAAGAUGGUGAAAAUUCAUGUGACAUUGUUAAUGAAGAUAUGACUUGAUUAUGGUGAAGAUGUUGAUGAAGAUGUGACUUAUAGAGGCGAUGGAGAUUGAUCUAAUAUGUUGUUGAUGAAGAUGUGACUUAAUUGAAGUGAUGAAGAUUUCAUCUGAUAAAAUUAUAUUUAUGAAGAUGAGACUUGUGAAAACUGUAAGAUAUGAAUGAAUGAAAUUUUGAAAACAUCAUAUUAACUUGACAAAGACAAGUGUGAAAGUCUUCUUUUAGAAGUUUUAAACGCAGCAGAAAAUAUGGCGUCAUUUUCCUGCAAGUACAGCACAGCAGCAGAGAUAGAGACUCUGGAUUUUGUUGAGUGUAUAGAGAUAAUGGAGGAGAAUGGCCUCCCUUACAGGGGUACAGAGGAAGUAGAAGAUCUAAGGAAAACCAUCUUCAACCUUUUACCAAAACCAGCUGAGAGUGUUUCCGAAACAGAAAAGGGAUUAAACCUUGAUGACAGCACAGAUUCCGAAACCAAAGAAAAAUCUGAUGAAAAUACGCUUUCUGAAAUGGAACAUAAACAGAAGGAAAAUAUUGUUUUGGCUUUUGACCCAAAACCUGCUGGCAGUACAGUUUCUGAAAUGGAAUCAAGUCAAAAUAAAAAUACAGAUUCUGAAAUGAAAGAAAAAUCUGAGGAUGAUACUGUUUCAGAAAUUGAAUUAAGUCUAAAUAAAGAUACAGAUUCUGAAACAGAAGCCAAAUCUAGAUCUAGAGAACAUACAGUUUCUGAAAUGGAAUCAAGUCUAAAUGAAAAUACAGAUUCUGAAAUGAAAGAAAAGUCUGAGGAGCAUACUGUUUCAGAAAUUGAAUUAAGUCUAAAUAAAGAUACAGAUUCUGAAACAGAAGCCAAAUCUGAGGAACAUACAGUUUCUGAAAUGGAAUUAAGUCUAAAUAAAGAUACAGAUUCUGAAACAGAAGCCAAAUCUGAAGAACAUACAGUUUCUGAAAUGGAAGAGGGAAGUGAUGAAAAGGUAGUUUCUGGUAAAGAACCAAAAUCUGAUGAAAGUACAGUUUCUGAGAUGGAACCAAAUCUAGAUGACAAUACAUUUUCUGAAAUGGAAACAGACUUUGAAACACCAAAGGAACCUUUUUCAGUGGAGGAAAGUAGAGAAAUGGUAAGCAAGCCUUCAUCUCCAGAACUUAUGGAGGAGGAGGAGGAGGAGGAAGAUUUUCAUCCAAAGGUUAAGGAUAAUAUCAGUGGGAAAAAUCAGCCAGUCCAGGCGACUAAGACAUUUGGAGUUCCCCUUGAGGAGCUAGUGGACAGAGCCCCUCCUGGAUCAACUGUACCCGUCUUUGUGUCCAAGGUGUUGGAUUACAUCAUCAGCAGAGGGUACAAUGAACACCUGUUUGUCAGAAAGGGACCGAAACAUGUGGUAGAGAAGCUGAAGAGUUCCUUUGAUACUUAUGGUGAUGCUGAGCUAGAACAGGAUACAGACAUCUUAGCAAUCGGACAGUUACUUAAAGAGUUUCUUCAGGAGCUUCCGAAACCUAUCUUUCCAGCUGAAGUUAUUCCGGACUUGGAACAGCCCGUGGACGAUGAUGAUGAGUUGGGAGGAGGCUAUCAUCUAGCUACGGCUAUGCUGGUCCUACCCCAAAGUCACUGGCAUCUCCUGCAGUUCCUGUCUAAGUCCAUACAGCACAUCGUCAUGCCAGGGCAGUCCCUGUCAACGAUAGCUGGGGCCAUUGUUCCUGUCCUGACAAGGCCACAGGUUACGGCUAGGUCCCGGAUUGGAACGAUUCUAACCAGGGCUUUGGUUUCGUGCAUUGUCAAUACAGAGGACAUCUUUAAAGUGGAUAAAGAAACAACCAAGGAAUCCUUGAAGAAGUCUGAGAGGACACAGAUGGCAUUUCAGAUUGAACAUAUGGCAAUAAAACGUGGACGGUUUCGCCGGCCCAAGUUUACAACAACACAGCCCGUUCAAGGACCAUCUGGAGGCAGCGUUCAAACCAAACAAUCAGAAGGAAGUAGUGAUGGAGCUCCAAUAGUUAUUGAUGAUGACAAUAAUGAUGACAGCAAUACUGGCACGGGACGACUUUCAGAACUCUGGAAAUUCUUGAGGGAGGGUUCAUCUGCAGACUUUAAAAGAAUGAUAGAAACACCUGAAUAUAGUUUACCUAAGAAAAAACAUGUACAGAUCUAUGAAGAUGUAAUAGUUGUCGAUGAUCAAGAAAAGGAUAAACAUGUUCACACUGACGAAGAAGCAGAAAUCCUGGAAUUUUCAGAUGAUAGUAGUACAUCAUCUCAAGAUACAGACACAUCAAUGGAGGUUCAUACUCCAACGGUUGGUGAGCAGGCUACCAAGGCAACUGUAGACCAUAUCCCUGUUAUGACAGCAGAACUAGCAGCAGGGCCCAGCGAGGUCAGAUACAGAGAAAAAAGGUUUGAGGCACAUGGCCCCGUGCCUUGCAGCUUUACAACAAGCUCAACAAUUUUUGAUAAGUUAUUUAACAGAAGAACACUUAGAUCAAGCCCCUUAGAUUUUGUACAAAGCAGAAGAAGUACUAGCAGUGACAAGGUAGGUAACCUGGAUACGGACUCUGAUAUAAUUAUCUUGCCUACUUUGCAAGAUGAUAUAGAAAUAACAAGGGUUGAACCGCCUCCUAUCCCACUUCCAAGCAGUGCAUCAACAGUUGUGUCUGAAUCUAGCUUUGGCAAUUUUUCACAAAUUAUUUCUGACAAUGACAACUUCUUGAAAACUGUUGCUGGUUCUGAUGACGUGUCAACAACAAUUACUGGCCCUGGAAAUAUAACACAAGUCAUGGCUGAACCUCAUGAUGUACCAAAAGAUGUCACUGGUAUCAAUGAUGUGUCGAAAACUGUUGCUGUGCCAGGAAAUGAAUCACAAAUUGUGCUUGGCACUCAUGAUGAACCAAAAUAUGUGCCUCCAGGCAUCCAUGGUAUGUUCAAACACGUCCCUGAACCUGAUGAUGUAGCAAAAACUGAUGCUGGACUCGGCAAUGAAUCAGAAACUGUCACUGGCCCUGCUGAUGUAUCAUCAAGUGUCACUGGCCUUGCAGAUGUAUCACCAAGUGUCACUGGCCCUGCAGAUGUAUCACCAAAUGUCACUUGCAUUGACGAUGCAUCAAAAACUGCUGCUGUUCCUGAUAAUUUAACAGAAAGUGUUGGUGGCUCUGACGAUAUACCAAAAUAUGUUGCUCAUGGCUCUGUUAUCAGUCCUGCAAAUGUAACGCAAACUGUUGCUGGUGCUGAUGUACCAAACCCUGUCUUGGGCCUCGGAACUGGGUCAUCAUCAGUACAGAUGGAGGGUCAAGUCAGUGCUACAACAACAACAGGUGACAUAGCUAAUCAACAAAACCCAAAGGAGGAUGAUAUGGAAUUUGUUGAUAAGGACUUGGAUCCCGAGGGAACAGAAAAAAUGGAAGCCUCGGAAUUCAUGGAAUUGAUGAACACACCAAAACGGUGGGAGUUGGUCAAAUCAUAUAUAGACCCUGUGGAGAUAUACGACUCUUUGAGCAGCAAGAAAAUCAUCACUGAAAGAGAAUACUUCUCAACCUUUAAAAGAUUCAGAAGUAAACAGGAUCGCAUUGAGAACCUCAGAUGUACGGUCAUUGACCAGAAGGAAGACGCUAGAUUCAUAGAGGAAGUGAUCAGUUUUAUACAAACUUCAAGGAGAACACUCGUUAUGAAGAAAAUCUUGCAUGCUGAUGAUGAAACUUUGAAAAAAAUGCGCGAAGAACAGGACCCAAAGAAUUUCUCAGCAAAAUUAAGUGAACGAAAAGCAAAAGGUCAAAGGAUAUUAUUUCCACUUUUCACGAGAACUGCAGCCAGAAAAGAUCUCCCCGAGAAAACAUCUUCCAUGUUGGAACCUCUAGGAGCCAGAACAUUAGAGGACUCAGCAAAAAGACCAUAUGAUGUUACAAAGUUCAUUGAAGCUGUCCAAGAAGGAAAUGAUACAGACUUAGGAGCAUUCAAAACAUUAUUCCAGAACAGGGAUUUGGAGUUUGAACGCUUUCCAGUGAAUCCAUUGCUUAUUGUAUCGGCCUUUGGUUCAUCCCAAGCUGUUGAAUAUGUACAGAAGUUGGGUUCAACCGCAGUUAACUGGAAUGAACCGAUGGAAAUCAGAUUAGGGCUGUGUGAAGGCAUCUUGGACAAAAUGAAUGAUAGAAAAGCUACACCUUUGUAUGUUGCAACAUAUCUGAAGAAACAAGCAACUGUCGGAUCUCUGAUUAAAUAUUCUGACGAAAAGAACUUUGUUCACUGCAUGAAUAGCAUACAACUCAGCAACUCAAUGGAACAAGUCUACAUGGCUGAGGUUGGAGAACGACUGAAAAGGGAAUACUCACACCUGAAACCCGCUGUGAUACCUGGUCAUCAGAAGGAGGUGGAUGGUACUUGGGGUCGAGUAUUUGUUGUCUAUUCUCCUGAUGUGAUGCAGGCAACAAAUCAUGUAAAGGAAGGGAUAGGAAUGGUGAUGCUGAGAAAUCCCUACAAGGUAGAUCACGAAGCCAGGACUGUGUCAUGUAAAAAGGAUGACAUUCUUUGUGAAAUCUCGAAAGAAGACAUGGUAAGGACAAAACAGGCUGUUGAAUCACAUGGACAUGCACUCUGGUGUAACCAUAGCAACCUUAAUAUAAUCAGUGUUUGCUCUGUGCGUUCUAAACACAAGGGAGAAAUAUUAGAGAAGAGUCUAUGUGUUGUGUUGUACUGCAGUACAAAAGGAGUUGUACCGCUUGGAGAAGAAGAGUUCCCUGCAAAACUUCAAAUAGGAGCGGGCGAUUCCGUUGACACUGAUGUCCGUGAAGGCUAUUUUGAAUAUGGUGGAUACGAUACAAGACCAAGCACAUAUCCCCAUAAAACUCUCAAAAUGGGAUGCAACAUAGGUGCGAUGACAUCACAGGUACAAAAUGGUGGAGGAACACUUGGUCCGUUUGUGUGGUACAAUGGUGCCAUGAGUUUCCUGACAUGCGCUCAUGUACUGUUUGAUGUUGCUAACCAAGGAAACGUUGACUUCACCGAUAAUGGGUUCAAUCGCAUUAAUGUUGCACAGCCUGCUGUGGGUGCUUCCUUUCCAACUGGUACUGCAUGUGGAUAUGUACAGAGGGCAAUUUUUAACCCAAGUAUGAAUCCCAGCAUUGAUGUGGCAGUUGUGACCAUAUCUGAUGCAACAAAGCUACCCAUUAAAGGGAGAUUUGCCAUUGAUCACAGUUACAAAUACACAAAAGUGGGAUUUGCGGAGCGACCUGAGUACAACAAUGGUUCGGUAGUACAUGAUAUUCAACAGUUCGGUACAAGCAACAUGGUGGUCAAAUUUGGAAGUGAAACCCACCUGACGAAAGGUAGCUUAAUAGUAGAUGGUACACAGGUGCGUCCCCUGUCCACUGCCUUAGGACUACCCUCAAGUCAAAAGCUAUUCUGUAUGUCCAGCCAGUAUGAAGUGGAAGUACUCAAAUCAUCAGUUAGUUUUUUCCAACCGGGUGACUCUGGAUCAGCAGUGUUUAUGCUGUAUGGAACAUCUUUACACUGUAUUGGUAUGGCGAUUGGCCACAUGUCUAACGGAAAUGCUGUAGUGACACCUAUUGGAGCACUGCUAAAUGCUCUUGUUACUUGCAGCAUAGCAAACUUUGAAGUUUCACGACCUCAGCGAACUGCAGCAACUAUCAAGAAAAGAUACAAGAAAAUGAAUGUGGAUCGUGUUAGAUUGAAAUCCAUGAAAAAGAAGUGAGAGGCGGGCAACUAUGUAGAUAAGGAUUGCCAUUAUGAGAGCAUAUUGAAUAUGUAUCCAAGAAAAUGUCAAAAAAUCCAAACCGAUUGGUGUGAUGUGAAGACUUGUGUGACAUAAAGUAGACAACAAUACUGUUUUUCUUUACAUUACAGUGUAUUUUUCUGUAAUGUAAAAAGUGUCUGCUAUGAUAUAUAUAACUCAUUACUACUAAUAUAACUCAUUCCUACUAAUACUAUUACAUUAUGUUAUUGUUAUCUUAUAUACUAGUGUUGGUCGCAAAAAUAGCUCUCAAGAGCUAAUUUUCCACGUUGAUAGGUAUGCGACUCUAUCUUUACUGUAUGGAGCACACCUGGCAACAUAUUAUUAACAAGUUGUUACAAUUGUACUAAAGGGCAGCUAGGAUCUCAUAGAAUGUAAAUGCAUAUAAUUUCUUCCAUGUCCCUUUCACGUGAAUGCCGGUGGCAGAUUUUACUGUUUUAAGAAGAAUAGUUCUGUGGUUUAAAAUUCAAAACUGUGAAUCCUCGGAUAUUUUAAGAUUUGAUUACUAAUGUUAGAAACACUUGUACAAGAACCAAUAUAGAUUCUAAUUCAAGCGGUCUGCGUGUUCCAUCUGCAAAAAUCAUUAAUUUUUAAAAAGCAAAAUGGUUAAUACUUGUUUAGUGUAUCCGGAUUUAGUUUGGUUUGAUAACUAAGGAUUAAGCAUCUUAUUCUAUAUGUGUACGUGUACUGAAGGCGGUUUUGCCUCCUUUUACCUGUACAACUAUGCCGACGACAACACACUCAGCAAAGCACACUCCUCACUAGACAUAGUCAAAUCUUCACUACAGACAGACAGCGACGCACUAAUACACUGGUUCGCAGACAACCACAUGCAGGCAAAUCCAGUCAAAUUCCAGGCAAUGGCUAUAGGCAAAAAACACAACAAGAAAAUAUCACAUUUAGUUUAGGACAGAACAAUUUGAUUAACUGCGAACCAGAAGUGAAAUUGCUAGGUGUCACCAUAGAUUUCCAACUAAACUUUCAUACACACAUCUCAAACACUUGUAAAAAAGCAUCUAGACAAUUAAACGUACUAAAACGAAUAGGCAGACACUUAAACAGACUAGGCAAACUCACUAUAUAUCACUCAUUCAUCCUCUCAAACUUUAACUUCUGUCCCCUCACAUGGCAUUUCUGUGGCGAAACAAACACACAAAAAAUGGAAAAAAUACAGGAAAGGGCACUCAGAUUCAUAUACGACGACCACACAUGUACAUACGAAGUUUUAUUGGCCCGCUCAAAAUUACCAUCCCUCAAAAUUAGACGCCUCAGAAAUUUUGCAAUCGAAGUAUACAAAAUUACAAACAAACAAACACCCACAUACCUGCAUGACCUCAUCAGUACCACACAAAAGCCAUACUCCUUUAGAUACCACAACACAGCAGACAUACCACAAGUAAGAACAACCAAAUUUGGCAAACACUCUUUUCGAUCUGAAGCACCAAAAAUAUGGAAUUCUCUGCCAGACCACUUUCGAACAGCAACAACACUUUCGCAAUUCAAAACACUUAUAAACAGCUGGUACGGACCACAAUGUAAAUGUGUCGCAUGCAAACAACCUACAUAAUAUACCACACAACAACAUAGCAUCACUUAUUACUCUCAUACAAGUACACAAGGUUUUUUAAAUAUGCUUUCACACCCCAUGUUUUUAGACUGAUAUCUGCUAUUUUAAACAGCUACUUGUGUACAUGUGCUUUUAACAAAUGAUAGUGCUAACCUAGUUGAAAAUGAAAUGUGAUGUAUGAGUAAAGUAUUGACUUUGUAACUGUUUUAUUAUGCAAUGUGUAUGUCCUGUAUGUUAGUCGGUUUUAAUAGCUCCUUAGAGCUAAUGUUGUAUUGUUAUACCAUGUAUCGACUCUAAAUAAAACUUUUGACUUUUGA